AUCCAAUUAGAAUUAGCUGUCGUGUCCAGAAGGUGAAAGGGAACUACGGCAAGCGAAGCGGACUAUAAAUGCGCAGUCAGUUCGGCAUUGAGUCUUACUGGUUACUUUGGUGUAAUAAUCUGCAAAUAUUUACAAACGGACUCGAACUUCAGAAACAGCAGGACAUCAUCAUCUUCAUUAUGGGGUAUACAAAGGGGCAGCUAUGGUGCUGCCUGCUGCUGCUGCUGUCCUGCUGUUUGCUUUGUGUUCACUCGCAUGAAGAACAUCAUGGUCAGGUUUCAGGAGACCCACAUCCUCCCAUCACCCGCUUGGACAAGAACAUGGUACAGGACAAAGACCACAUCAUGGAGCAUUUAGAUGGGGUGAUCGACAAGCCAGAGUCGGACAUGACCCCUCAAGAACUGCAGCUUCACUAUUUCAAAAUGCAUGACUAUGACGGUAACAACCUGCUGGAUGGGCUCGAGCUUGCCACUGCCAUUACACAUGUACACAAGGAGGAGAAAGGUGAAAACAGCACACCAAUGAAAGAGCAGGAGCUCAUCAGUAUUAUCGAUCAAGUCCUUCGGGAUGAUGACAAAAACAACGAUGGCUACAUCGACUACGCUGAGUUUGCGAAGUCUCUCCAGUAACGAGGGAGGUGUGAGCGGUGUGUGUGUGAGUGGUGGUGGGGUAUUUAGGUGUGUGUGUGUGUGUGUGUGUGUGUGUGUGUGUGUGUGUGUGUGUGUGUGUGUGUGUGUUGCCUUACUGUGAGCUCUGAUUACCUCUAAUUGAACGGUAUCAGCGAUCCACGUGUAUGCAUUACACGUACACAGCAAAGCUACAGUGUUCCUCGAACUGAGUGGCUGCUCACAGAAAUAGACUUUUUGCUAUUUCAACACAUUUUAUUGAGCUCCUAAAGCACUUCUAAUUCAAUGAUAUGACUGUCAUCUCCCUCCAGGAUUGAAUCUGAGCAGCGAGGAUCUACUGAACGUACGUUUAUCCCAUCAGAAUACACUGUAGGAAGAAGUUAGAUGGAUUGUAUUAUGAUGCGAGAUGUCCUAAAGAAACCAAAUAUUGCCUGAAUUCUCCACUCGUGUCAGAACGAACCUGCCAAAUACAUCUGCUGUGAAGAAAUGUCCCCCUUUAUUAUUGCUGCGGUGUUUUAAAGCAACGUUCGAAUGCAAAGCAAUGGCUGGAGUUGAAAUGUGAUAUAAUAACUUCCUUUCCUUACUGAGAGAACCUCUUCAUCUAGCACUGAUGGAUAAUUGUCAAGCUUACUAACUUUGAAUGAAAUCAUUUAUACAGGCCAUGAUUUUUAAUACAUGACUUUGGUAUGAGAAACUGACAUAAGAAAUGUCUGCCACAUCCCAGUUCUUGUGUUAUUUGUGUUUCAAGCCUAGAAGAAUUUUCUUCCCGGCUUUACUGUAGAUAACCAGCUGCUACUUUGGCUCUGUGUGUGAUUAUACAAACAUAGUGGCCAUAUUUAUCACACUUCUCAACAGUGCUGAUACCAGGAUCAGGUCUUGCUUUUACCAAUAAUGAUGGGUCUGGUAAGUGUGAUUUAAACUGGUUACCUAGUAUGCUGUUGAUCACAUGAAGGUUCCUCUCUGCAGUGUUUUCCUUGUGUUUCCCAUCAUUGUGUGUGGGGGAAACAAAGUUUAGAGGAUUCUGUCCUCUGUUAAAAAAAAACAGUUAAGUGUAAUGAAGGGACUCUUUUUCUUCCUUUUUUUUUUUUCUUCUAGACGACACAAUUUUUUUUCCUUCUUCCCAUCACACAAGUUGAAUGUAAUCUAAGCCUGUCGUUUUUUGUCAUGUGUUACUGUUGUUGUAAAUUCUCAGCUUUACUUGAGUUAUUUGUGAACAGGGAAGAUGGACAACAAUGACCAUAUGCCAAGUCAAAUUUAUUUCUGUCAAAAUAUUUGACAUCUGAUGUUGAAAUACAUUUGAAGUUAUGUGUGUGUGUGUGUGUGUGUGUGUGUGUGUGUGUGUGUGUGUGUGUAUCAUUUGAAAUGUAGCAUUGCGUAAGAACCCAUAUUCAGGUGGUAAGAGGAUUAUCUACAAAUCUAAACAUUAAAUCCAGUUAAACCAGACUAGUCAGAAUGUAAAUAUGAGGUGGGUUUGGGAAGGAAGUGUGAAUGAACUAUUUUUGUUUUAGAAAAGUAUAUUAAUAACUUCAAGACAACCUCUGUUUUGGAACUGUAAUAAAAUGUGUGAAAAUA